AUGUGGCCCACCAAAUGUCUAUUCCCCAACGUACCUUGUCCGGAGAAAGACACGUGCCGGCUGCCCAAUUGCAUCUUCAGUCACGAUGCUCCCAGGUCACCUCCGACCGGACCACGUCGUCGGGGAGCCAUUGGUACCGGCUCAAGUCACCCCUAUGAACAUGGCGAUCUGAAACGACGAAGACUUGAUAAUGGUACCAAGGCCCCGGUCUCAGCAGAUGACUCCCCCAGACAGCCAAAAGUAGAGCCAAUACCGUUUUUUGGGUUUGUUAUGCCCAAGCCAGGCAACGGCACUCCUAGAAGAACGAUAAAUGCAGGGGCUGCUCGAGACAAUGCACCGCCAGUAUCCAAGACAGCUCUGCAGUCGGCGAGAAGAAGCAUAUCACCCCCACCUACCUCUGCUUCCAGAAAGACAGCACAUAGGCCCCCUCAGCCGAUCAAAGAUGAGCCGAAAGAAUCCUUAAUGCCACGAGACGUACCCAAAAAGCCGGCUGAAUUCACCGUUCGUCGUCAACUGAUCAUUCUUCUGCAUCAGUACCUGGUCAAGCUCAACGGCGAGGUGCAAAAGUUAUCGGGUCCAGAUCACAAACCCCUUCACAUGACCGAAAAUGAACUCAUUCGAUUUGCUCUUGAGAUAGAGGAGAAGAUAGCUCUGGAUCAGCCAUUGGUCUAUUCUAACAUCAUGAAAAUGCGCAUCAUGGCAUACAAAAAGAUGACCGUCGUGGAUUGGGUAAAGGAACGGCACGCAAUUCGGGAGUCCAAAAACAAGAAAGAUGAGCCAACAGAAAAGAAAGUCGAGCCAGUGGUCACCGGUCUCAGUCCACACGAAGAAGUCAUGAUGCUUGAACGUAUGGUUGCGAGGCAGCAUGGAUUAGACGCCCAUGGUUAUGUUACCAAAGCACCAACGGAGGAAGAGAUCAGGACGGCUCAAGCAGGCAUCGACGCUGCGCACAACUGGGAGGUCUGCGACCGAUGUACCUCGAGGUUUCAAGUAUACCCAGACCGGCGCGACGACGGGGCUCUCACAACGGGCGGGAAAUGCAUCCACCACUGGGGACGAAAAGUCUUUCCGAAGAAAGAGAAGACCGACUCACUCCGUCCGCAGCCGCUAUACUCCUGUUGCAACGAGCUUAUUGGGUCGCCCGGCUGCACUGUUGGAGAUACCCACGUCUUCAAGAUAUCAGAGCCUAAACGGCUUGCAGCGGUGAUGCAGUUCGAAGAAACAAAGUUCAACGAAAACGCUAAACCAAACACAGCUGUCUGCUUUGACUGCGAGAUGGGCUAUACAUGCUACGGUCUCGAACUCAUUCGCCUCACAGCGACAUCCUGGCCCUCUGGUGAACCCCUAAUCGAUGUCCUCGUGCGCCCUGUCGGCGCCAUUCUCGAUCUCAAUACUCGUUUCUCGGGUGUGCACCCGGCGCAUUUCUUCGAUGCCCCAGAAUAUGGCCCCGAGAAGGUGUCCAAAGAUCCAAAGACACUUCACAUUGUUCCCCACCCAGCUGCUGCUCGGGAUCUCCUUUGCUCCUACCUUUCAGUCAACACGCCGCUGCUUGGCCACGCUCUCGAGAACGACCUAAAUGCCGUCCGCCUCAUCCAUCCCACUAUCGUAGACACCGUGCUCCUCUUUCCACAUCCUGCUGGGCUUCCUAUCCGAAAUGGGCUCCGCAGACUCACAAAGCAUUAUUUGGAUUGGGACAUCCAGCAAGGCGGUGCCGCCGGGCACGACAGUUUAGAAGAUGCUAGGGCUACGGGUGAACUAGUGAGGUUCAAGGUCAAGCGAGAGUGGAAGCAGCUACAAGAUGAGGGAUGGACGGUCAGAGACGGAGCAUUCUAUCCGCCUCUGCCUCCUGAAGCGCCA